AUGGCACCCGGGAAGCCCGGGAAGAGCACGGGGGCCUCGGAGGACCCCUCAGUUACGCUUUUCCGGGAUUACCUGAGGAUUGACACUGUCCACCCCAAACCUGACUAUGAUGCGGCUGUCCGGUUUCUGGAGCGCGUCGGCACUGACCUGGGCUUGGCGUGCCAGAAAGUAGAGGUGUGCCAGGGCCGCGUGGUGCUGAUCCUGACCUGGCAGGGCACGAACCCCCGCCUGCGCUCCAUCCUCCUCAACUCCCACACGGAUGUCGUGCCUGUCUUCGAGGAGCACUGGACCUACCCACCCUUCGAGGCUGUUAAGGACUCGCAAGGCAACAUCUAUGCCCGGGGUGCCCAGGACAUGAAGUGUGUCUCCAUCCAGUACCUUGAGGCCAUCCGGAGGCUGAAGGCGGAGGGAAAGUGUUUUGCCCGCACCAUCCACCUCACCUUUGUGCCUGACGAGGAGGUGGGCGGACACAAGGGCAUGGAGAUGUUCGUGCAGCGCCCCGAGUUCAGAGCACUCAACGUGGGCUUUGCCCUGGAUGAGGGUCUGGCCAGCCCGUCCGACACCUUCAGCGUCUUUUAUGGCGAGAAGAGCCCGUGGUGGAUAAAGGUGAAGUGCGUGGGCAGCCCCGGGCAUGGGUCCCGCUUCAUCAGCAACACGGCGGCUGAGAAGAUGCACAAAGUCAUCAACUCCUUCCUGGCCUUCAGGGAGAGUGAGAAGCAGAGGCUCAAGUCCGACUCAAGCCUGACCCUAGGGGACGUCACCUCGCUCAACCUGACCAUGCUAGAGGGGGGCGUCUCCUUCAACGUGGUGCCCUCUGAGAUGGCAGCCAGCUUCGACAUCCGCAUCCCACCCACCGUGGACCUGAAGGCCUUUGAAGAGCAGGUGGAUGCGUGGUGCCGGGGUGCUGGGGACGGCGUCACCUAUGAGUUUCACCAGAAAUGCAUGGACCAACACGUCACCUCCACCGAGGAGUCAGACCCGUGGUGGAAGGCCUUCAGUGAGGUCUGCAGGGACAUGAAGCUGCAGCUCAAGCUUGAGAUCUUCCCGGCUGCCACUGACAGCCGCUACAUCCGAGCGGCAGGACACCCCGCUAUUGGCUUCUCGCCCAUGAACUGCACCCCGGUGCUGCUCCACGACCACAACGAGUUCCUCAAUGAGCAAGUCUUCCUGCGGGGCAUCGACAUCUACGCCCACCUCCUGCCUGCUCUGGCAUCAGUGCCCCCACUGCCCGCCGAGGGCUGAGUGCCCCGGCGAGGGGCAGGAUGGGGG